AUGGUGAGUGCAGUGCGUAGGGUGCAUGCUGGGUGGUGUGAGGAUGCAUGUGGGAAGGGUGUGCAUGUGGGAAGGGUGUGCAUGCGGUGUGAGGGUGCAUGUGGGAAGGGUGUGCAUGUGGGAAGGGUGUGCAUGUGGUGUGGUGUGAGGGUGCAUGUGGCGGCACCAACAGGGACUGGAUGGAUUGCUGCCGUGGACGUGGCCCAAUGGUAUGUCGACACUUCUCUUUUUGCCCCUUCCACCCCUUUGAACCUCUUUCCAUCACUUUCCACCCCCUUCCCCCCCUUUCCGCCCCCUGUGCCCUUUUCUGUGCGCCAUGCAGCUGCUGUGGACGUGGCCCAAUGGUAUGUCGACACUUCCCUUUUUGCCCCUUCCACCCCUUUGAACCUCUGUCCAUCACUUUCCACCCCUUUUCCCCCACUUCCGCCCCCUGUGCCCUUCCCUGUGCGCCGUGCAACUGCUGUGGACGUGGCCCAAUGGUAUGUCUUUUCCUCAGAAGUGCCCCUCCCCACCACUUUCCACCGAUUUCCACCCCUCCCGCGCAGCUGCUGUGGACCUGCCGUGGACGUGGCCCAAUGGUAUGUCGACACGCGGGCAGACGUGGAAGAGCGCAUCCAUAAGUUCAACCAGCCGGCAUCAGAUCGCCUACUCCCCGACCUGGCACCCCAAGAACAGCACGUGUACACGCUGGUACUGGACCUAGAAGGUACCCUCGUGCACUCCGACUGGAAGAGGGACCGUGGCUGGCGCACGUUCAAGCGGCCGGGCGCCGAGGCGUUUCUGGAGAGAAUGGCGCAGUUCUUUGAGGUGGUGGUAUUCUCGGACCAGCUGAACCUGUCUGUCGACCCCAUAUUGGAUCGUCUGGAUCAGAAGGGCUGCAUUCGAUAUCGGCUCUACCGGGAUGGGACACUCUACACGGACGGGAACUACGUGCGGGAUUUAUCAAAGCUCAAUCGCGACCCCAACAAGGUCAUCUAUAUCAGCUCUCUGCCGCAGUCAGUACUGCAAAAGGAGAAUCUCGUCCCCCUGCCUGCGUGGAAGGACACGGGAGCAGACACGGCACUGCUAGACCUGCUUCCCUUCCUCGAAUGUGUGGCACGGCAGCGGCCGGCAGACAUUCGGGUGGUGCUGCAGUCCUAUGAGGGGCAGGAUAUCCCCACGGCCUUUAAAGAGCGCUCCAAACUCAUGCAAAAGCAACUCCAAGAGAGGAAGCAACAUGGGAUCUUCCGUUUUGCAAGGGGUGGGUCCUAA